CGCACUGACUGCCAGGGGACCGCACCACGAGCACAAGCUACUGGGGUGGCACUAGGCGACGUCCCAGCACUUUUCAGUACCAGGCUGCCAGGCCCGGUAGAGGACCCGCCAGGCGCUACCCCGGCUACUGACGGGAAUCAAGAGUCACCCAACAGAGCCCGAACUGCCAGUAGAAGUCCCGGGCCCAGUCCCCGAGUCACACCGAGUCAGUUCAUUUCUCGGCACUAGCCAUCCGCACCAGAGUCAGCACGUGCAAUCGCCAUACCACCCCAGGGCACACCGUGAAACCAGGCGGCAUCGCGGCACAAGCCUGGUCCGAUUUGACUCGGCCAUGGGGAACCCUCCAGGCAGGCCACCGUAUAUAAGUGUCCCGAUUCCUGGGCUGUAGCAUCCGAAAUCGCUUAGGAUCUUAUACACCUUGAACCAGAAUCUUCUGUUUAAAGGCCCUUUCUAGAUACACUAUCGACUAUGUUCCAAAGAGGUAGAGCAGUGGUUAGAUCCGCCCGUUUGCACAAGUUGGCGUUGUCGACGCCCAGAGUGGUGGCAAUCAGAAGCAUGGCUACUGAGGCUGGUUCCCCAGCUAAGGCCAUCACCUCGUCUGACUACUACAAAAAGGUGUACAACCCCAGCACAGAAAAGGUCAGUUUCAGCAACUUGGACACCUUUGCCAGGAGACACAUUGGGCCCACGCCUGAAAAUGUCAAGACCAUGUUGAGCACCUUGGGCUACUCGGAUCUUGACGAGUUCUUGUCCAAGGCCAUCCCAGAGCACAUUCUCUUCAAGAGAAAGUUGAAGGUGCAGCCAGAGCAAGGGUUCACCGAAUCGGAGAUGUUGGACCACCUCCACGAAAUUGCCAACAAGAACAAAAUCGUCAAGUCCUACAUCGGUAAGGGUUACGCAGGCACCAAGUUGCCUCCGGUGAUCCAAAGAAACUUGUUGGAGAGCCCCGAAUGGUACACCUCCUAUACUCCAUACCAGCCGGAAAUCUCCCAGGGUAGAUUGGAGUCCUUGUUGAACUACCAGACCAUGGUUACAUCUUUGACCGGAUUGGACAUGGCCAACGCCUCCUUAUUGGACGAAGGUACAGCCGCUGGUGAGGCCAUGUCCUUAUCGUACCACAACUUGAAGGGUAAGAGAUCGAAAUACGUGGUGGACACCAACAUCCACCCCCAAACCUUGAAUGUGAUCAAAUCAAGAGCCUCCAAUAUCAACAUCGAAAUCGUUGAGUUGCCCCUCUCCACCAAUGAGGGUGUCCUCCAAUUGGAAGCUAUUUCUAACGAUGUCUGUGGUGCUAUUGUUCAGUAUCCAGGCACUGACGGUUCCGUUCACGACUACUCCAGAGUUGGAGAGAUUCUUCACUCCAAAAAGGCUUUGUUCGCCAUGGCCACCGAUUUGUUGGCCUUGACUUUGCUCAAAUCUCCUGCUGAAUUCGGUGCCGACAUUGCCCUUGGUACCUCUCAAAGAUUCGGUGUUCCAUUCGGUUACGGUGGUCCCCAUGCUGCUUUUUUUGCAACCAGCUACAAGUACUCCAGAAAAAUCCCAGGAAGAAUCGUGGGUGUGUCAAAGGACAGAUUGGGUAAGCAAGCCUUAAGAUUGGCUUUGCAAACCAGAGAACAACACAUCAAGCGUGAGAAGGCCACCUCUAAUAUCUGUACCUCUCAAGCAUUGUUGGCUAACAUUGCAGCCAUGUACGCUGUCUACCACGGUCCAGAAGGAUUGAAGAACAUCGCUAAGAGAGUUUUUGGAUUCACCACCAUCUUGGCUUCCCAAAUUGCUUCUCAUCAUGAAAUAGUUAACACCAAGUGGUUUGACACUUUAACCGUCAAGUUGAACGGUGUCUCGGCCGAUGAGAUCUUGGCUGUUGCUUUGCACGAACACAACAUCAAUUUAUUCAAAGUGGACGAAUCUAAGGUCUCGAUCACUUUGGAUGAAACUGUCACUGAACAAGACUUGGACUCUUUGAUUCAAAUCUUCACCCACGGUAGAUUGGACACCAGUCAAAUCCAAGAAUUACCAAACCUUCCACAUGAGUUCUUAAGAACUGAUCCAAUCUUGACCAAUGAAGUCUUCAACACUCAUCACUCGGAAACUUCGAUGUUAAGAUACUUACAUUUGCUUCAAAGCAAGGACUUGUCUUUGGCCAACUCCAUGAUUCCAUUAGGUUCCUGUACCAUGAAGUUGAACGCAACUGUUGAAAUGCAAACCUUGUCUAUCCCAGGAUUCAAUUCAAUCCAUCCAUUCGCUCCAAUUGACCAAGCUGAAGGAUACAAGCAGUUGGUGGACGAAUUCGAAAAGGACUUGAACGAUAUCACUGGUUUUGACGCAACUACCUCCAUGCCAAACUCUGGUGCCCAAGGUGAAUAUACUGGUUUAUCCUUGAUCAGACAAUACCACAAGUCCAGAGGUGACUACGAAAAGAGAAAUAUCUGUCUUAUUCCAGUCAGUGCACACGGUACCAACCCAGCUUCUGCUGCUAUGUGUGGCUUGAAGGUUGUGCCUGUCAAGUGCUUGGAGAAUGGUUCCAUUGAUUUACAAGAUUUAACUGAAAAGGCUGAAAAACACUCUGAAAAUCUCUGUUCGAUCAUGAUUACCUACCCAUCUACUUAUGGUUUGUUCGAACCAGGGGUCAAGACUGCCAUCGAAACUGUGCACAAGAAUGGAGGAUUAGUUUACUUGGACGGUGCCAACAUGAAUGCUCAAGUCGGUUUGACUUCUCCAGGAGAUUUGGGUGCGGACGUGUGUCACUUGAACAUCCACAAGACGUUUGCGUUGAGUCACGGUGGAGGAGGUCCAGGACAAGCUCCAGUUUGUGUUAAAGAGCACUUGAAGCCAUUCUUGCCAUCGCAUCACUUUGUCAAGACCCCACAUUCCACUAAGGAAUCCAUCGAAUCGGUGAACUCUGCACCUUACGGCUCUGCUUCUGUCAUCCCUGUGUCUUAUUCCUACAUCAAGAUGUUGGGAGCUCAAGCUUUGCCAUAUGUGUCCACCAUUGCCAUGUUGAAUGCCAACUAUAUGUUGACCAGAUUGAAGAACGACUACAAGAUCAUGUUUGUGGACUCCCACGCCUCCACCAACGAAGGGUUGAAGCACUGUGCCCACGAGUUCAUCUUGGACUUGAGAGAGUUCAAGGCUGUUGGUGUUGAAGCUAUCGAUGUGGCCAAGAGACUCCAGGACUAUGGAUUCCAUGCGCCUACCAUGUCUUUCCCAGUCGCUGGUACUUUGAUGAUCGAGCCCACCGAGUCCGAAAACUUGGCCGAGUUAGACCGUUUCGUCGACGCCUUACUCUCCAUCAGAAAGGAAAUCGAGGCGUAUGCCAACAACGAGCCAUUGGGUAUGGUGUUGAAAAAUGCCCCCCACUCUUUGGAAGACGUGGUUUCUACUCCUCAACAAGACUGGGAUGCUAGAAGCUACACCAGAGAGCAGGCCGCCUACCCAUUGCCCUACUUGAAGACUGCCAAGUGCUGGCCUACCGUCGCUCGUUUGGACGAUACCUACGGUGACAUGAACUUGAUGUGCACUUGUCCUUCUGUCGAAGAAGUUGUCGAAACUCAAUCUUGAGUCGCAUAAAAUUUAAUUCUUGUAUAAUAGAAAAUAGAUUAUAGAUUUGCAUCCA